CUGUUUUUGAGUCUCGAUGCUCUAUCUAUAUAAUAUGAGUUGCCUAUAUAUAUACAUUAUAUUAUUACGUAUUUAGUUAUGUUAUCUACGUACUUAUAUAAUUUAAAUAUAGUUGAUUACAUUUUUCAGUAACACUGUACGCUAAUAAUGGCAUUUACCUCUUUUAUUAAUGAGUUAAAAUCUAAAUUAUGGCAUUAAAUACGUGGAUAUCACCUUUUUUGAUACAAUGCUUUGUGACAGCAGGAGUAUCUAUCAACAUGUCGGGGAUGGGCAUGGUGAUGGGAUUCACUGCAGUGCUGCUGCCUCAAUUGAGAAGUCCAGAUUCUCCAUUGCAAGUAGAUGACUCGUCAGGUUCUUGGAUUGCUGCCGUUCCUGGUUUCGGUAUCAUAGUUGGUAACUUCAUAAUACCAAGUAUAAUGAGCAAGUAUGGAAGGAAAAUUGCAAAUUUCGUCAGUGUCGUGAGCUGCAUUAUUGGUUGGGUAUGCAUUGUGUUGUCCAAGAGUGUCAAUGUAAUGAUUGUUGCUAGAUUUCUCCAAGGUGUCCAAAUAGGUAUGAUGACAACACUGGGUCCAGUUCUAAUCGGGGAAUACACUAGUCCCAAAAGUCGUGGAAUGUUUCUAAUGACAAUAUCGGUAACAAUAAGUAUAGGAGUUUUUGUCAUUCACACAAUGGGAAUUUAUGUGAAUUGGCAAGUGUCUGCAUACGUUUGUAUUGGUAUUGCGGUGGUAGACAUGAUCAUAGUCAUAUUGUCACCAGAAUCACCGAGCUGGUUGGCUGAACAAGGAAGACAUGAGGAAUCUAAAAACGUAUUUAGGUACCUGAGAGGUGAUAAGGAAGAAGAUGAAUUGGAAAAGAUAAUUGCAGCGAGUAUUGUUAAUAAAAAACAAAAAGAAGAUAAUAUAGCACAUGAUAAUUUCGGAAUAAAGAUGAAAAAUAGGAUAAGAUACAUGAAAGAGACAGUGCAGAAAAGAGAGUUUUAUCUCCCUGUACUUAUAAUGCUGCAUGUGUUCACAAUUGUGCAUUGGAGUGGCAUAAAUAUGCUGACGUCUUAUAUUAAUGAACUUACUGAUAACGUAAUGGGUUCCCAAUCAAAUUUUGAUGUUAUUGUAAUUACUUUAGAUAUCUUAAGAAUAUUGUCAAACAUGAUUGGUUUGGUCUUAGUUAAGAAGGUCCGAAGAAGACUUCUUAUAUUUAUAACUAUUGGUAUUAAUUUAGCAACUUUACUUCUAAUAGCUGGUUAUACAUUUGCCAAACAGAAAGAUAUAUUGCCAUAUGAUAAUCCUUACAUUGGUAUGUUUGUGAUAUACUUGCAUAUGUUUUCAAUAGCUACAGGUGCGUUGCCCAUGGCGUAUGUUCUUGCUGGUGAAAUAUUCCCAUUACAAUACAAAGGGCUGUGUGGAGGCAUCAGCACAUUUACCAUGUCGAUGAAUCUCUUCAUCAACACGAAAACUAUAACGAUAUUAUGUAAUACAAUUGGCUUUUCUGGAACGUAUUUGUUGUAUUCUGGAGUUGUCGCCUAUUGUCUUACUAUGGUUGGUAUAUUACUGCCUGAAACUAAAGAUAGGACACUUUUAGAAAUUGAGGAGGAGUUCAGAGGGAAGAGAAUCAUAGUAAAUUGUUAAUUCACAUGUAUUCUUGUAUAUUUUAUAUGUAUUAUUAUAACAAAAUUAAAAACAACUACAUAAAUUAUGUAGAUAUUACUUACUUAUAUGGAGGAUAUAUAGAUUGUAAUGUAAAAUUAAUUAUUGUAUCUAGAUACUUAUGUAUCUAUUAAAUAAUAGUCAAGCAUGAGUUAGGUUUACACACUUUUUGGUAGUUUGAAAUGUUUUGUAAAACAUGUUUUAGUUUUCUUUUUUAGAACACAGUGUAAACAAAUAUGAUUUAGGUGUAAACGAGUGUAAAUGUAUUAUUUCUUAUGUGCAAAAUAGCCUUCUAAAGAAAAGAGUAUUAAGAAAAUCGGUAGGUUUAAGAACACUAGAUUAUGCUAAUAUUUUAAGUGCAUUGCAAUGUACGCAAAUCGUAUGACGACUGCCUAUUUUUAUUACAAAUAAAUUAGAACGGUUUGCUGGAAGAAAUCUCUUGUUAGAUAAAUGCUUGCUUUUGUAAAAAUAAAUGUUUUUGUCAUUAUGUUUGUGUCCAAUAAAGAAUUAAGGAUUGGAGCUGAUGUAGUUGAGUUGAGGUAGUUCAAAAUCUACUUAAGUAGUAUUGAAACAGAGCAGAACUAUUUUAUAUAAUUUGAAAUAAUAAAUAAGUAGAAAAGGGUAUACUGAUCAAAUGAAGGUGACAUGAUGGCAGAGAUUAUGGUCCUUGCCUUUCUUGCCUAAGGCGUAACUUACUUAUUCCGUAAAGGAAUAUAAAUUAUUAUAGGUAGGGAGAUGUUUAUUGCAUUUUAAAGUUUCUAUAAUAAGACUAUCGCUAAUCAAAUGCAAAGUAAUGAUACUCAUCGAUUGUGGAAACCAUAACAUGGUUACAUUUUCAAUGUUAUGGCCUCCAUAACACUAGCGCUGUAGGAAGUAAAUUUGUUGUAGCGUAAUUCUGUUUGAGAGAAAUCCAUCUAUGUAUAUCUAUUUAGAAUUGCCUAUUUAUUUUCUGUCUGUAAUAUUUUUAAGUAUUUAUUUAUAUUUAUUUAAUUUGAUAAAGUGUUCAGACGGAUUUAUGUGACAAUACCAAUUAUAGUGUACGUAACAUUGUUACUGUUUUUACAUACUGUAAUUACAUUGCGAAGAGUAAAUCUAAAUAAAGCCACAAUAAACUAGCCCACCGGUUUUGGAUUUUUGUUAAUUAUAUUUAUAAAUAUAAAAAAUAUAUAUAUAUUGGAUAUGUCCAUCUAUUUAAGAGCUGCGCUCUUGUCGGUGGAGCUCUUGCCACUCACUACGAUUGUCAACGAGUCUCUUCACUUCUUGAUACGACACGACACCAACUCCUUCCUUGAUCUGCCUGAUGUAACUAUGUCUCGGUCUCCCUCUCCCCCUCGUUCCUUCUAUCUUACCUUCUAUUAUAAUGUUUAUAAGUUCGUCGUGUCGUAUCAAGUGUCCCAACAUUUUUCCCCUUCUGUCCUCAAUAGUUCUAAUGAUUUGUCUUUUUUCCUUAACCCUAAGCAGGACCUUCUCAUGGAUAUACUAAAAUUAAUCAAAUAGAUUGCAUGAAGAGAUGCAUAAAUGUUGUGAAAAGAAAGCAUUUUAGAAUAAGGAGCACAUGGAGUUUUGUGGUCUUCAUAUAUCAAUAAGGUUAAAAUGGGUAAAGCAAUAACAAUAACAAAAAUUUACCUUUAA